GCCCCUCCGGCCCCCCCACGGCCCGGCGGCCGGGCGGGAGGCGGCGGUGAGCCCGGGGAUGGGUGUUUCUCGUCGGGAAGAGCUGCCCCGUGGCCUGUUGGUACCUGCGGACGGGCGCCCGGUGGAAAGUACCUUUUUGUUAUGAACGGUUCUAGCUCCUCGCCUUGGGCUCUCGCCAUGGACACGAUGAAAACCACCUAUAUCGUGCUGGAACUGAUCAUCGCUGUGCUGUCCAUCGCCGGCAACGUCCUGGUCUGCUGGGCUGUGGCCAUCAACAGUACCUUGAAGAACGCCACCAACUAUUUCCUGGUGUCCCUGGCGGUGGCUGACAUCGCGGUGGGUUUGUUAGCCAUCCCUUUCGCCAUCACCAUCAGCAUUGGACUGGAAGUGUAUUUUCACAGCUGCCUCUUCUUCGCCUGCUUCGUCCUGGUGCUGACCCAAAGCUCCAUUUUCAGCUUGCUGGCGGUGGCCAUCGACAGGUACCUGGCUAUUAAGAUCCCACUGAGGUAUAACAGUCUGGUGACCGGCAAGCGGGCGAGAGGCCUCAUCGCUGUGCUGUGGCUCCUGUCCUUCGGGAUCGGACUGACCCCGCUGAUGGGCUGGAAUAAAGCCAUGAGCGCGUGUCCCAACGCCACCAACGAGACAGGGACUAACGUGGGGACAGCACACCAUCACUGCUUCAUCUCGUGCUUCUUUGAGAAAGUGGUAACGAUGAGCUACAUGGUGUACUUCAACUUCUUCGGCUGCGUGCUGCUCCCGCUCCUUAUCAUGCUGGGAAUCUACAUUAAGAUAUUCAUGGUCGCCUGCAAACAGUUGCACCAGAUUGAACUGAUGGGCAACUCCAGGACCACACUGCAGAAGGAGAUCCACGCAGCCAAGUCUCUGGCCAUCAUUGUAGGACUUUUUGCCUUCUGUUGGCUGCCCCUGCACAUCUUGAACUGCAUCACUCACUUCCACGAGGAGUUCUCCAAAUCCAAGCCUGAAUGGGUGAUGUAUAUGGCCAUCAUCCUCUCCCAUGCCAACUCUGUCAUCAAUCCCAUCAUCUAUGCCUACAGGAUCAGGGAGUUCCGCUACACCUUCCGCAAGAUCAUUUCCAAGAUCCUCUGUAGGACGGACGACUUCCCCAAGGGCACCACUGACAACAACCAGCACCUGACUGUCACCAACAUUAACUCCCCCGUGGCCUCCGUGACCAUAUGACCUUGCACGUCCCGCUCCCAGGGUUUUCCCCUCUGUCCCUGACACUGCCCUUCCCUGUGCCUACGUGACCAGUCACAGCCACCUCCCGGAGGAGUGCUCAGAGAUGACCACUAUGCAGUUAUGCAGCUGUAUUAUUUUUUAUUUUUAUUUUUGUAAUUAACACAGUGCCUCCUAGAGGAAUAACCUGACCGGGGAGACCGAGUGCAGCUCACCCUCCACUGCAAACCCCGGCUGUGUGAGUGCUGGUGAUCCUAUUGUAUUUCCUUUCCAGGUCAGACAUUGACUGUGGAAGCCCCACCUGCUGGGGGUGUUUCCCCAAUUGUGCUGCUCGUGUCGAGUCCUAGGAUCUUUAUUUUAAUUAUUAUUAUUAUUAUUUUUUUUUAAUCUUGAUUCAUUUAGGAGUAAUAAUUUUGUGUCUGGUUUUGGGUUGUUCUUUAAGUCCAUACUUGACAGCACUUUGGUAAUACCCUAAUUAUUCCAUCAAUUGUUUGAUGCAGUUAGUAUUCUCCGAUGGGAAAAAGUCUUACUUAGCCCAGUUGCUGGUGUGAAACUGAAUCUGCCUUCCAGGCUCUGGGGGAUGUGACCGUGUUGAUGGGAAAACAAGAUCAGAACUGGCCGGGCUAUUUUCGGCACCAGUAUGGAAGCCCUACUUACUGAGAGAGGAAAAUUUUAGGGAAGAGUUGACUGAAGUUUUAGAACAGCAAUUUUAUUGCCUUUAAAUCACUUUUGGUCUACAGGAUUGUGCAGACCAAUGAUCCAGGUUUGAUUUCAAACCUGCUUCCAGCUUUCAAAAUGCAAAAGGCACAAGUGCCCUAAAAUGGUCUCAGCUCCUCUGGGCCAGAGUCACUGAGGUUUGUGCCAACGCUCCCUCGGUGACAAUUAGGUUUUUGCUCCCAAGUCAAAACGUGCCAGCCUUGCAGUGCUUCCAGAAGUGCAGGUUUCAGCUGUGACAGCUGGAUGCUGCAGCUCCUCUGAGUCCUAAAACUUGGUCUUGCUGGGGUUCCUCUGUAGUCCAGUAACCUCCCCCAGAAACUGUGAGUGCUUUUUUUUUCUAAUAGUGAUUUUUAUUUUUUUAUUAUUAUUAUUUUUUUUAAUCCUGACCUGCAUCAGUAGCAAAAGAGUCUCGAAGGGAGCUGACUUGCCUGAGAAGCUAAAAUGCCUUGACUUGCAACCUGAUUUUGGCCAAGCUCUUUGGGGAACGAAGCUCACCCCACCUGCCCUCAGCUGGGAGGGCAGGACAAAGCUCACUCAUCAGCAGAGAUGUCUUAAUUUGUACGGCCAGUUAACAGCUCUCUGCAACCACAGCUCAGUAAUUACCGCACCCCAUUUAAUAAAUAACUGUGAUAUGCAAAACUAGACAAAGGUAGAAAGAAGAGAGCAUUGGUCUCUGAAGUACCAGCUCCGCUCCUCCAGCCGGCAGGACGGCACGAGCGCGGCUGGAAAUGCACCGGUGCUUCUGGCACGGCCUUUGCAGGGCAGUUCCAUUCCACAGGUGAGAGGAACAGGGAGGGGAGUCAGACAGACACCCAGCAGCCUCCCUUCCUGCCCAAAAGCCAACUGUGGCACAGACGCAGCUGGUCCUGACUAGCUCAGACCUGCCAUCGCCUUGUGGCCCUCCUACAAACGGGAGUCUUGCCCGAAGGUCCCUCCAUGAGGUGGUACCAGCUCUCUCCAAAGCACCCAGCACCAGCAGCAUCACCAGCGGUGACCGGUGAGAGCCUGGGGUGCAGGGAUGUGUACUUAAUAUGGUUUUUCUGUGGUGACCCCCCCCAAGGGGAAGGCAGAGGGAGGGAGCAGGCCUUUUCGAGCUGUGUGGCAGGAAAGGAAGUUUAACCACAGCCAGUUCCUGACAAACAGGUCCAGUGGACAGACUGUGAUGCCUGGAGCGGUUUGUCCCUGAGAAAUUGUACUUGAAUCGUAUAGAAAUCAGCUUUCUAUUUUUUUAACUGCAUUGCACUAAAAGGGGGGAUACUGUAAGACCCCAAGAGUUUCAUUUCUCUAGUGUAUUUGACAAAUAAUGUGUAAAAUCAGCUGAAAAGCUGAAGAUCCUGCAGCAUGUGCUGUGCCAGCUGGUGUGUCCUGCAGCUGCAGGUGUGACUGAGGGCCCAUGGGGCAGACAUGGCUGGUUCACUCAGGGUGAUGGAUUUUGCUUCUGCGUGUGGAGCAGCUCUGCCGACUGAUCCAGCCCCAAACCCUGGUGAAUCACCAGUAAGCACUGAAUGGGUUUGUACAUGUUUAUGCAAUUUCCAAAUUUAGCUCCAGCUCGGUAUCUCAGAUACUGAAGGAUCUGAAUAGUUCCUGUCCCACAUGUUCCUCCUUGAACAGCCCCAUUCAGCUUUGCUGCAUCUGCCUUGGUCACAGUCCAGCGACCACAUGUAGCCACCUCCUGCCACCGGGGCAGGGUUUGACUCUCUCCUCCUUUCAUUCUUUCCCUUCUGUAUUAUCUUUGGCUGAGUUCCUUCUGUUAAUCAUGGCUGGAACCACGCAGGGUUUCACCUGCAGGUCUGGCAGUGUUGCAAAGUGGUUGCAAGCUACAUUCAUCCCUACAACAAAAAAAUGUCAGCUCCCCCGCCCUCCUCCCCAACUGGCUGAAAAUGAACCAAACUCUGGACAGCAGGAACAGCCUGAGACACACAGCGCUGCAAUACAGAGAGAGACAGUCCCAGAACACUUGCUCACUUCUGACAGCUCACGCUGCAGCUCGGCAUCCACUGCUGCUACCUGUCACAGCCCUCUCCUGAGCCAAAUUCCUGUAGGCAGACGCGGCGUUUCCUUACUCUGACUGUGCCAUGGGGUUGUCAGCCAUUACUAACUAUGGCCCGGGUCACCGCUGUCUUUAGGCACAUUAAGUGCCUUUGUGGAUCUGAGCCAAAGUAAUUUCGAGGCAAAAUAAAAACAGGACACCUCUCUCAACCCCCUG